GGUUGGGCUGCUCUAAUGUCUCCGACCAUGUUAAGAUACGCAACUUGCGUCGCAGAGCUGUUGAACAGCUUUAUAGCUACAAGCAAUUCACAUGGAUCUACUUCUUUACUGCGGUUCUCCAUCUUGCUCACGCUUCUCAUUGGUAUGCAGCGAUCAGUGGGAGUCUCCUGACUUACCAUGGGUCCAGCACGUUGUCAGCCUGAGGUAAUUAUGAUUACUAGGUCGUUACGUAAACGCUGUUGAGUAGUAGCGCUGUCCUACUUGGAUGUGGCCUGAUUGAACGCGGAUGAACGGUAAUGAAUUGGCGGCUUCGGCCGAGAUCUGACAGGUGACACUGAUGGCUGUCAAGGGACUGGCUUGCCCACCACUUGGUCCCACCUGGACCAAGACCGUCAACUUGGCUUUUCAGCAACCCAGAUGGAUUUCAAACUAGACCUUUGGUCUCAGACACAAGUAGCUAAGGAGGCGCUGUAAGGGUGUGUCUGCCUUGCCACUUACGCGAGGCCCAUGUCGAUACAGCUUUUGAGCCGCUCUUGUGACUACGUGUCUUCCUUAUCGGAUGUACCAUCCAGACGCCCAGCAACGAGGCAUAGAGUUCCGUCAUAUAGACCUCGUCCCCCCAAUGGGCCAACCCUCAAAGUCUUUCCCCGAUCGACUCUAUGCCGGUGACAACCAAGCAGCUGCUCUCGCUGAGCGACGCCCCUUCCAUUCCCCUCCCCGCGCGUCUUGGUCCGGCGCAUCAGGCUGCAUGUAUGUCGAUCAUCGACGAGACCGUACACGUCGACAGCACGGCUGCGAUGCGCUACAUUGUCGAUGCACCGACCCCGGCGGUCCUGAACAGGAAUCUGCGCGAGGGGCUGCACGAGUUCAACAAGCUUCCGUGGGAGGAUCGCGCCUUCCUGCGUGCGCGGAGACUGGACAACGUAUUCGAGAUGUGCCUGAAGGCGAGGGAGAGCGAGGAGAUGCUGGACGUCGACGUUGUUACGUGGCGCGGGAUCUUGACCAAGUGCUUCAUCCGCGCUUUCGUGGUUUACGGAUCCCUCAUUCGUCCUGUCUUUCGCAGGAUCAUGACUGGACAGAUGCUGAACCUGAAUGUCUCGUAUUACCGCGGGGUGCUGUACAUGGAGGAGGAUAGUACGGUACGACAAUAUGAUCCCAACACCGAGUGCUCAUAUAUGGGACACAAGUUCGAAACGUUCUGCACCACCCGGCCCGAUUACGAGGAGGAUGAAGACAAAGUGGACAUGCACACGCUGUGGACGGUGGCUAUCAAACGGACUUUGGGAGAUCUGAAGGUCCUGCUCGUCGGUGAAGUGGAUUGUGUGAAAGCCGAAUACACCGCCAACCCGUGUCCGGAGAACUACGUCGAACUCAAGACACGUCGACAUGAGAUGAAAUCAACGUUUCCCAAUCGAGCCAAAUGGGACAUGCAGUCGCACUUGCUUGGUGCCUCAACCAUCUUUGUCGGGUUCCCUGACUCGCUUGGCACGAUCCGGGGCACGCAGGAUCUCGCCGUGCGGGACAUGCAACCCGUCCAAUACAAGAUAGACUGGGGCGCCCGUGUCCUGCAAAGCCUCGUGGAUCACUGCUCGAAGAACGCCCAAACUGAAGAUGGGAGGCUCAAGAUCUGGCGUGUGGAAGUCCAAAGAAAGCAGAUCAAGAUCGGCGCUCUCAAGGCCAGCGAGGUCUACAGGCUCAAUCGUGGCGGAGUGCCUCGCAGCGGCAUCGUGCCCAUCUCAUUCAUGGCCACCUUGGAAGUCCGCAGAGCUUUGCAGGCACAGCAAGAGCGAUUGAAUGCUCUACUCUGAUGAUAUUUCUGUCUGUUCCAAUCUUGUAAGUUCUCACAAACUAUGUUGUAGCCUCGUUUAGUUCGUGUAUCGAUCACUUGUACCAUGUUAUCAAGAUUCUCCCUAGUAUCCGUAACCGGCUUUGACACCCAUGCCUCUCAUCCGGUAGAAUCAAGGAUCGGAGGUACGGAGACUCUUCGUGCUUAGCGGAAUGGGAAUCGACGGCUUUGUUGAU